AGAGAUAACCUAAAGGAGAGGACAAAAGUUUUCUAAAACGGCGCCGUUCACUUCUGUAGUUAAGAGUAUCUCACCUUGGAUGUGCUUUUUUGACCUCCCCUUCUCUCUCUCUCUCUCUCUCUCUGUCUCUCUCUCUGUCCAAAAACUUGCCCUUUCUGCUUUCUCUCUCUCUGAGCCUUUUCUUCCAUUCCCUGCAUUCUUCUCCAAACCGCCGGAGCAAAAUCCCAACGACGAAUGCGGUCGAAAUGUUAUUGAUUGGUAGCCAGAUAGAAACCUCCUUUUCAUAGAGAAGAACCCCUGUAGAGUAGCGAAACAAGUAUCUGGAUCUCUGGUUCUUCGGAUUCAAGGGAGGGGCAAGCUUUUGUCUAAUUUAAGACAGUGAACUUCACUGAGAUUAUAAAGUUUUGAUUUUUUAGGUUAGUUGGAAAGUUUCUUGCCACUUUCUCUUUUUCUUGGUGGUCUCCUUUUUGGGCGUUUUGUGCAAUGGAGAGUGAUGACCAAAACUUGAAGGCGAUUUAUGCAUCGGUAGGAAGAUUGGUCUGGGUUCGCCGCCGUAACGGGUCUUGGUGGCCCGGACAGACUCUGGUCCAUGACGAAGUCCCUGAAAACUCUUUGGUUUCUCCGAAAAUCGGCACUCCAAUAAAGCUUCUUGGCCGUGACGAUGUUAGCGUGGAAUGGUAUACUCUUGAAAAGUCCAAGAUGGUGAAGGCGUUUCGUUGUGGAGAGUACGAUGAUUUCAUUGAGAAAGCAAAGGCUGCUGCUGCUGCAGGGAGCUCUAGUAAUAAAAAGAGUGUCAAGUGUACUCGCCGAGAAGAUGCCAUUAACAAUGCUCUCGAGAUUGAGAAGGCACAUCUUGCAAAAGAAGAUCUUCCAGACGAUAAUCUGUGUAGCUCAUCCGGUGAGGAUGAUUCUAAAAGGUGUGUUUCUGGCAAAGGUGACGAGGAUUCAGACUCAGCUGAUGAAGUAGAGGCUGAAGAUGAAUUGGAUUCAGGGCCGGAGCAAUUGCAAUCCAGUAUGUCUUCCCAAGAAGUUAUUAACGUCGGAGCUUUGAAGGUGCAGCCAAAGAGAAGAAGAACGCCGAAUGACUUGGAAGAUGAUGGUACUGAAGGAAUCAAGAGAAUGAGAGGGCUUGAGGAUAUUGGGAAAGAACAUGUGGGUGCUAUUGUCGAGCAUAGGCAAGAAAUGGGUUUGAUCUGUCAUCCAAACCUCAGUGAUUCAAUGUUGAAUGGCAAUAUUGUUGCCAAUGGGAACAAGGUAUGCUCCCCGUUGUCACUAAAGAGAAAAAGGUCACAAGUCAUAAUUGCUAAUGAGUGCUCUAAAAGGAAAAACCGACGCCGGCAAUUGACAAAGGUGUUAGAGAGUACAGCUAUGGUCUGUGUCCCUGUGACCUGUGACCAGCUUGUCACAUCUGAUUGUCAAGGGAUUUAUGACAGCAAAAUAGAGUCUGUCGAAUCCAUGAAAAGUAUAUCUGUUGUAAUCAACAAUAACUCAGACAGCACUGGGAUUUCAUGCGAGAAUGCUUCUGAAAAUGUUGUCGGAGCCUCCCAUAACAACAAGGCAAAAGACAGUGAAAUUUCCAGUGUAUCAGUUUCGGCAGAGGAUGAUUCGUUUGACCAAUUAUAUGAUGUUCCACUAACUGGUGAAGAAAAACACUCGGCAGUGACAGCUUGCACAAUUUCCACAUCGAGGAGAGAUUUUGUUUCUGGUUUGACAAGGCGGCGUGGUCGUAGUAGUCAUGAUGUGUUUGUUAAGGAAGAGGUAAAUAAUGGAUCUGCUUGUACAAAUCCACCAGCUGUACACUGUAAUUUGAACGGGAUUGAGAAGAACACUUCUAAGUGGCAGCUAAAAGGAAAGAGGAACUCGAGGCAGAUGAGUAAGAAACAAGAAGCGAGCAGAAAUGUGUACGGUGAAGAAGCUAAUAACAACAGUCCUCUGCCUCUUUCUACGCUGCACGAGGUGAGGAUUGAGGUAAAAGCCAACUAUAACAAACCACGCAAUGUUCCGCUGGUUUCUCGUAUGAGUGAAUUGAAUGGUAAAGCUAUUGUUGGGCAUCCUUUAACUGUUGAAGUCUUGGAAGAAGGCUACUGCAACGGUAUGGGGAUGUCUCAAGUUAUUGUGAAUGCGAAGUUAUUGUCCAAAAAGAAGAGCAAGAAGAGGAAAUCACAUGGUGCUUUACGAAAGGCAUCGAAGUCAAACAAGAAAUCGUCUUCCCUAUUAAAAAAGACAAGGCGGCUCUCUACUCUAACGAGCCAGAGGCUGACGGAAAGAAGCAAGAAGCAGACAACAGAAAAGGCAAAGGAAACGGUUGUAGCUUGUAUACCGUUGAAAGUAGUCUUCAGUAGGAUAAACCAAGUGUUGAAAGGCUCAGCAAGACAAACGCAACACCGAGCAUUGCCUUCUGCAGCGACAACCUGAGAGAGAUAGGGAAACUUUUGGCUGGCUUUACGUUUUUGUUUUCCCUUCAUCGUACUGCCUGAGUUUUGAAGCAUAAACGGAGAUAACAAUAUGCCGCUUUAGGAGAAGCCAUCACUGAUGGGUUUUUGCUGUUUUGGGUACAGAGACUUUCAAGUCAUGCAGAGAGAGAGGCAAAAAUGGGUAGAGACUAGAGAGAGAAAAGAGAUGUUGCAAGUGAGCAUAUGUAAAUAUAGCAUUAGUUAGUGGUUGAGGUGUAAAACUGAAGAUUAGGUUGGAGAGCUGAGAUUGCUGCUUUAGAGAGAAUUGCUUGUUUCAGGUUAACUUGAAUUGUUUGUUUUUUUACUCUCAAGUUUUUGUGGAUGAAGAAGAAAGUCUUUU